GCCCGCGUCGCGCUCGCGCUUUGCCCGUCGAUAAAGGGCUCGCGGCGGCGUUUGACGUCACAGAGAGUUAAUUUUAAACCUGGACAAGAUGGCGGAAGGGGACGCGGCUCGGUACGGGCAGCGAACAGAGCUGCCCCGGUUACAGCCGGACUUGACAGGGGAAAAUUAUGUGGAUGCAGAAGAAAACGCCAUUUUGGAUUCUGAUGAAGAGGUAAUUCCAGAGAAGCCGUGCCCAAUACAGAUUGUUCUUGCUCAUGAAGAUGAUCAUAAGUUUGAUCUGGAUGAAUCAGCAUUGGAGAGCAUCUUGCUGCAAAAACACAUACGAGAUCUCAAUAUAGUAGUUGUGUCUGUUGCUGGUGCAUUCCGUAAAGGCAAAUCCUUUCUUUUGGACUUUAUGCUUAGGUAUAUGUACAACAUGGACUCAUCAUCUUGGAUAGGUGGAAGCACUGAGCCUUUGACUGGAUUUACAUGGAGAGGAGGCUGUGAGAGAGAAACAACUGGGAUUCAGGUUUGGAGUGAAGUGUUCAUAAUUCCCAAGCCUGAUGGGACAAAGGUUGCUGUACUAUUGAUGGAUACCCAAGGUGCCUUUGAUAGCCAAUCAACUAUCAAAGACUGUGCAACUGUAUUUGCUCUGAGCACCAUGACAAGCUCAGUCCAGGUAUACAAUUUAUCACAGAACAUCCAAGAAGAUGAUCUUCAGCAUUUGCAACUAUUCACAGAGUAUGGAAGGCUAGCAAUGGAAGAAAUUUACCAAAAGCCAUUUCAGACACUUAUGUUCUUAAUUAGAGACUGGAGCUAUCCUUAUGAACAUCCAUAUGGCUUAAUAGGAGGAAAACAAUUUCUAGAAAAGAGAUUGCAGGUAAAGCUACAUCAACAUGAAGAACUCCAGAAUGUAAGGAAGCAUAUUCACUCAUGUUUCAGUAAUCUUGGCUGUUUCCUGUUGCCGCACCCUGGUCUUAAAGUUGCAACUAACCCAAACUUUGAUGGGAGGCUAAAUGACAUUGAUAGUGACUUUAAGAGAGAGCUACAGAAUCUGGUUCCAUUGCUGCUUGCUCCUGAAAAUCUGGUAGAAAAAGAGAUCAGUGGCUCAAAGGUGACUUGCAGAGAUCUUGUGCAAUAUUUCAAGGCGUACAUUAAAAUCUAUCAAGGAGAGGAACUACCUCAUCCUAAAUCGAUGCUCCAGGCAACAGCAGAAGCCAAUAACCUCGCUGCAGUAGCUGGAGCAAAAGAUACUUACAACAAAGGAAUGGAGCAGGUUUGUGGUGGAGACAAACCAUACAUUGCUCCUGCUGACUUAGAGCAAAAGCAUCAAGAUCUUAAAGUAUUAGCUAUAAAACAGUUCCGUUCUGUGAAAAAGAUGGGAGGUGAAGAGUUCUGUCGCCGUUACCAAGACCAGCUCGAAGAAGAGCUUGAUGGAAUCUAUGCAAACUUUGUGAAGCACAAUGAUGGCAAAAACAUCUUCUAUGCUGCUCGUACUCCGGCCACUCUGUUUGCUAUCAUGUUUGCCAUGUACAUAAUCUCAGGACUGACUGGCUUCCUUGGCAUGAACUCCAUAGCUACCCUCUGUAACCUUGUGAUGGGGUUAGCAUUGGUUUCCCUUUGCACUUGGGCGUAUGUUAAAUACUCUGGGGAAUUCAGAGAAAUUGGGACACUCAUCGACCAGGUGACUGAAGUACUAUGGGAACAGAGGAGUCCCAAGAAGGUGUGUUCCAAAUUCUUUGAAGUUGUUAGACGUCGAUUGAAUCGCCGUGCUCUUACCUCAGCACAACGGCAGCGACUCUCAUCCAACAAUAACAAGAAGAAAAAUUAGCCAGUGAUAAAACCAGUUGGGGAUAAUUUGAUUGAGGAUACCAUGAGACAAUCGGUUACAAACUCUAUCAAAGCAGGCCUGACUGAACAGA